ACCGCUCAGCGUUGUUGAUGAGAAAACCGUACGCCUUUCCCAUUACAGCACGUAAGUAGACGACCCUUCGUGGUUUUAGCAGGCAGUGACAUAACCACUAAGUCCUUGCCGUUGUGUCUCAAACGGCUUGUUUGUUGUGAGAACGACCUAGGUAGCGGAACUUGCGGUCCAAAAACUUUCUUGUUAGAGACAAUCCAAAAGACUAAAUGCUAUUUUGUGCAACCCACUCUACCACUAAAUACGUUGAUGCAGACAAAACGCACCGUUGCCCUUCCUUUAGAGUCCAAAAUUCGAUCACAUUGUCACAGUCGUAGACUUACUUCGCUUGCGUUCUGAUCUGCUUUAUUCGUUUACUUUGCAAUAAUGGUACGACAUUAUCAACCUAAAGGAAUUAAGAACAAGUUCUCUGACGAAGCCCUGAGAAAGGCACUCCCUACUCAACCCUUCGCGAUCAUCACAAGGGAGUCAGUAAAACGCGAUACGGUGGACGGCCAACAGUCUUGACUUACCAGGAAGAGAGAGAAAUAGUGCAAUGUUGCAUUGUGCUGCAAGAGAUGGGGUUUCCCCUUGAUAGAUCAAGUCUCAGCAACGUCAUCUCAGAUUACCUUAGAGCAAAUGCUAGAGAAAAUCCUUUUCCUGAUGAUUUACCUGGUCCUGACUGGUUUGUUGGCUUCUUUAAGCGAUGGAAGAGUGCACUGAGUCAAAGGAAACCACAACAUCUGUCAAAGAAACGUGCUAAGGCAUUGACCAAAGAGAGAAUUGAGGGUUGGAUGGAAUUUGUUGAGAAGAUCUACAGGAAGGCUGGGUUGUUUAAACUGAGUAAGAAAGAGCUGUCCAAAAGAAUUUGGAACUGCGAUGAAACCGCUUUUGCUACAGCCUCCUCAUCUAGAAUGGUCCUAGCUAGGAGAGGAACUAAGUCUGUAUAUGAGACCAUGGCAGGGAGUGGACGUGAAUACAUUACUGUCCAUUGGGGUGGAAAUGCCAAUGGAGACAAAAUCCCUCCCUAUAUUCUAUAUAAAGCUCAGCACUUGUAUCAUACCUGGACCCUUAGUGGCCCUACUGAAGCAAUGUAUGGAGUAUCAGCCAGCGGGUGGAUGGAAAAACAAAACUUUUACAGCUGGUUUGUAAAAGGCUUCAUACCAGUGCUCAAGAAGAUGAAACUGAUUGCAGAAAAUGAAGAGCCAUCUACUACACUGACGACAACAGAACCAAGUCUUGUCAGUGACCGUAGUGAUGACUCAGACUUCACAGAUGAUACUAGCCCCAGCGUGAUCUUGUUUUUCGAUGGACACUAUUCACACAUCAACUUGGAUGUCAUCAAUGUGGCAAGAAAAUACAACAUCAUUCUCGUAACCCUGCCUCCAAAUACCACGCACGCAUUACAACCUCUGGAUGUAGGCGUGUUUGCUCCCAUGAAGAAAAAUUGGCAGAAAAUUCUGACCGACUAUAAACGAAGAACAAGGGGACAAGGUGUCUGUAAAACAAUUUUUCCCAAAUUACUAAAACAGCUGACAGACACAUCCAUGAAACCACACCAAUUUCAAGGUGCAUUUCGAGGAGCUGGUUUAUAUCCAAAGCCAUCAGCUGCAGCCAUUCCUCAAGCAAAAAUUAGUCCAGCAGAUGCCGUUACUACACGAACACCAUGCAAGAGCCCUCGUUCUCCGACAGCAGCUACCACUCCUGCAAUCAAACUUCAGCUUAGACACCACUUCUCCAAGUUGUUCCAGAAAACAAGAACGCCUAUUCCACCACCACGGCCAAAGCCAUCUGCUCGUGUAGACUUGGCAUACUAUGGAGAAGUCAUAACAAGUCAUGAGGCGUACUCUAGAAUAAAAGCACAAGAUGAAAGAAAACAGCAAAGACUGGCAAAAGCAAAAAAAAGGAAAGCAACCUGCACGCCAAGGCAAACGAAAAACUGCAGUAACAGAAGAAAGAGAUGAAAACAAGUGCCAGGGAUGCGGAGGAUUGUUCGACAACGACAGCAAUGAGAGGCAAGAAGAUUGGGUGGGUUGUGAACACUGUUGGCGGUGGUAUCACUACGAUUGUGCUGGGCUUUCAGAGCUUCCAGAAGACGAGGACCCUUGGACAUGCUCCAAAUGCAGCUAAAUGUACAUAUAUCAGAAUCAAUCAGAGUAAGGCUAGCGCGAGUAGA